UUUAAAUGUGUUGUUAUUGUAACACUAACCUCCAAGAUUUACCGAAACCGGAGAAAAUAGUUGAGUUAAAUGAUUAUGUUGGAAAAUUGUUUUAGGUAGUUUUGAAGUUAGUGUGCUACUUAAGAAUGUCUGGAACGAUAAGGCAGUUGGAAGACCGUCAGUUACCCAAUGAAGUAACUUUAAUGCAUUGGUCUCCAAAUAUGGAUCUUCUAGCAAUAGCUAAUUCUAAAGGAGAGCUAGCACUGCAUAGAUUGACAUGGCAACGCGUUUGGCUUUUGAAUCCAUUUGAAGAGGGAGAUAUAAUAACAAACAUUGCAUGGAGACCGGACGGUAAACUCCUUGCGAUCACCUACGCAAACUCCAAAUCAUUGUAUUUAGUUGACAUUGAAAAUAAAAAUGUUGUACAUAAGUCUCAGUUGAAGUCCGAUGAAGGCUGCACGUAUAUGGCUUGGUUAUCCCUUACUCCACCUGUUUGUAGCAAUGCCAAUGAAAAAGUUUGCUCGUCUUGUACUGGCGAUUAUUUGCCACCGUUACCUAAUUUAAAUAGAAGUUUUGGCCAAGAACCCGAGAGGAAGGAAUUUUUCUCACAAACCCUAGAUAUGCUAUUCCUUGGUCAAGAAAAUGGCAAUAUCAUGAUGUACAUAUUUGGAAUGUUUUAUUGCGGUAUGAUUACGAUCGGUAAUGGACCUGUGUUGGAAAUCAGCGGUGGUGGGGGUAAAGCUUUGUGGGCCAGUUGGAAGAGCAGCGAUUCUAUAGUUGUUGUACGACUGUCGUGUUCGUUGCUUCAAAAUAGCGAGGCAUUUUUAAAUGUGGCCCAAAUCCAAGCUCACGUGGAGUUCUUAAUGGAUUACUUAUCGCGGACGUUAAUGGCCAUUUCAGAAGCGUGGGAAACUAUCCUUUUAGAAAUGGAUGAAAAAUUAGCUAAAUAUGCCGCUGAUAAGCCACCGGGUAGUGUAGCUGCAGACUUUUUGGAGCUUUUGAUGGUCGGAGUUCCAACACCCGAUUUAGUUAAUUUUUUACUGCGAGAUCUUACGGAAAAAGGAUUAAAGAAAUUAGGACAUAGCAUUGAUAUGUGUUAUAGUAAUAUUCAAAAAUUGGUGUUAAAACAUUUGAGUAGCGUAGGAAUGGCUUUGAUAUAUCAUUUAGCCGAAAUGCGUGGGAUGGUUCGCUUUGGAGGUGCUUACGAAGCAUUAGGACUCAGAGACGAGGCUCCCAUAACCAAUGCUCUCAGUGCAGCGCAAUCUUUAUUAGAGAUUCAGCAGGUCAUCGAUCACAAUAUGCGUGAUUAUAAAGCUUUUAUAAGGUGGCUUUAUACCAUUAUACUAAGACUGAAUGAUGAAAGAGUUCCAUCCGAGAUGAGUAGAGUGAGUCAGCAAGAUUUAACUUACAUUGCGGAAUUUCUACGUGGAUUUGAUAAAAUUGAGUUGAAUGCCAGUAAACGUAAGGGGGUUAAUUUAGAAAAAUUAGGGCAAUAUUUGAGGCAAGAUCCCUUACAAACCUGCUUCAGUCCCGAAGGAAGCGAAUGGGCUUCGAUGCUUGUCGAGAACAGAUGCUUACAAAAUCAUCCUCUCAUUAUAAAACAAGACUUCGAAGGCUCUUUAUUGCAGGCACAUUUGACUCUAAUCGAGACUGUUAAUCAAGUGUUUGUUUGUGCCUAUCAAGAUCUGACGCAACAUUUCAAACAAAAAGUUAUGCCCUUGUUAUCUGUAACGAGUACUUUAUGUUCUCAAAUUGUAACAACGGAUGGAAAUUUAAUGAUUGCAGUACCAAAUACCGAUCACAAAAUACUUCAAUUGUUUAAAAUUAAUUUUACAUCAAUGAGUGACGAUUUAAAUUCUAAAACGAUUAAAAUUGAUAUAGGUAACAAACAAGCUCCUUCCACUCCCUCAAAAAAAUCCGAAGAUCAAAGAGUAUCCGACCUACAAUUUUAUUCGCAAGAGUUUCUAAGUUUAUUAAUUCUAAAUCAAGAAAAUAACACUUCAUGUUUAAUUCAACUACCUAUGAAUCAUGCUAGAUUUAACGAUGAGCAAAAUAUAAAACCAGAUUUUAUAAUAAAUUUAAAUGAUGUGACAGAUCCAAAUUUGUCCAAACCAUUUCAGGAUAUAUCACCGAGACAACUGACUGUUAGUGGUCCACGAAAAGUAGCUGCAAUUUUAAGUGAAAAUAAACGAAAAAUUCGAUUACUCGAAACGGAAGUCGAUCCUGAAGAGGAUGACGAUGAUGAUGACGAACAAGUUGGAGAUGAUAGCAUGAUGGACAUUACUCCAGGUAGUACUGCAAGCACUUCUCGGGCAUAA